AUGUCACAGUCAACACCGCCAGAGCAAGAGACAUCUGGGCCCACCUCUGAGCAGCAACCGUCCGCGCCUCGCCCUGCACGGUCAAAGAACGGUUGCAAUGCAUGCAGGAGACGGAAGGUGAGAUGCAACGAGCGAAGACCGCGGUGCGCUCACUGUGAGCGGCUGAACCUGGAUUGUACUUGGAAUCGGCCACCACAGGCGCGCAGCAAAAGCACGCAGUCGUCGCAGUCAGUCUUGACAACAAGCCCGCAAGCAAAUCAUCAGCAGCCAUUCAAUCCUAAUCUCCUGCCUCUGGAUGGAUUUGGCAUGGGCGGUAACGGCUUCUUCGAUUUCUCGGGCCCGCUGCAGAUGGGGACCUGGGACGAAGCCAUGCUCCUUAGCCCCAACUCGUGGCCUUCGGAUCCCUCCAUAGUCGCCGCAACGUCGCACUUGGAUUCGGUGCCACAGUCUAUCUAUCAACUGCCACUCGCGCACCAGUCUUCAGGUCCGCUCAUGGAAGCCGUGCCUACCGUACGGCCUCGAGGAAGUGGGAGUAUUCAGUCCUUGCCAGACCGCGGACCGCAUCAACCUGACCCAACAUCAACCUCGCCAUUUUCCGCAGAAAACGCUUCGAAUGGACAGGUUGAUGAAGAUUUACUGCUCAGCACCUUCCUGCAAAUGCUGAUGCCGCCUAUCCUCACGCCUAUUGAGAUUGGACCUAAAUGGGCAUCUACCAGAGCCUUCUUUGGAACAAUGGCGGCUGAAUCGUCCAUCGUUCGAAGCGCAAUCAUGGCCUUUGCCGCGAUGCAGAUGCAACGAAGUGGGUUAGGCGGCGAUGUUAUGAAGACGGAUUGGCGGCCGCUGUACGACAAUGCUACCCGCCAAUUAUCAGGCGCGCUUGCGAAAAAGCGAAAGAAUGAUGAGGGUGAAAACUCGAAGUCUAGCCUGAAACAUAUACUGGCAUCAUUAUUUUUGAUCACGUACACGGAUUUACUCACUGAAACACUUCCAAGGGCUCACGCAAACCUACGGGAAGCCUAUACGCUGAUUCAGAACGCUGAUAAGACGGCAUUCUCGGUCCCGGAGCGACGUCUGAUCUCCUGGCUUCGUCUUCUAGACGCUCGCGCCGUAUCAACAGCUGGCGGAGAAGGACUGUUCCUGGCCGACACAGAUGAAAGCUUAUUUGAUGCAUCCCCUGCCGCCAACCCUGCAUCAGAACCCGAGACGCUCGAUACAGAAAUUGAGGAGAUCUUGUUCGACGUACUGUAUCAUCCAGGUAUAGUUUUCUACCAAAAGGUGCAGUCUUUUGUCGGACGCAUCACGCGCAUCGACCCAUGGCAUCGCAGUCGUGGUACCGUGCACGACGAAACCGAUGUCAUGGCACUCGCAGCGCAAAUUUCCAAGGACUUGCAUGCACUUUACGGGCAGCGGCCUGCGUUAAUGGACCACGCAGUAGCGGGCAACUUGACCGAGAAGCAUCUUGCGAAGAACUUGGCAGGAGCACUUACUCGCAGCUUUCGCACUUAUGUCGCCAAUUACUACGCUUCGUUCCUCCAUCUACACCGCGUUGCUUACUUUUCGUACCCGAAGACGAAGGAUGUCACCACUGCCAUUGCCAACAUCAAACGUCUAGCGCACCUCAUGGCGGAAACAGACGAGUCGCUCCCAGUGAAUCUGCUGUGGCCACUGCUCAUGUGGGGCUCAGAAGAAGACAACGUGGACGAGAGAAGAUGGAUUCUCGAAGCCAUUAGGGGUCUCGAGAGUAUCGCUACCAAUGCAAAAGCAACAGCGGAUCUGCUCGAAGAGGUGCAGAGAAGACAAGAUGAGGGCAAAAGGAGGGUAGAUAUACGUGGUGUCAGCCAAGAGCACUUUGCCAGUCAUCACUUUGCGAUAGUGUGA